UGAAUUCCGGCGUCGCUUUCGUUUCUCGAAACGUACUGUACCUUGGUUGUGCGACGAUCUCGGCCCCGUCAUCGGGUGCCAACGAACCAGUGGGAUUUAAACAGAGCGGAAGGCGUUGUGCGCGCUGAGAUUUUUGCGAUCGGAUGCUUCCAGCGAGCUGUCGGCUGCGAGGAAUUCAGCGGCCUGUCGCAGUCGUCCGUCAGGAACACGCCAUUACUGUCGCUCACGGGCAAAAACGGUGGGUGGCCUUUUCCGGAGACCACAGACGCGAAGAGCGAACAAAGGCGGCGUUCGCGCGGCUCGGGCAGAUUCCCGUUGUGGUCGGGUGCGUGGAUGGUACGCUCAUCGCAAUCCCGAAGCCCCAUGGCCUGAGCUCCGCGGACACGACGCAUUACAUGUCGGGGAAGGGACUCUACGCAUUCAACACCAUGAUCACAUGUGAUGCCGACCUCUGGAUGUCAGUCCAUGUUUCCUGGGGUCAUGUCAUGACUAGUGGGUAUGGCGGGGGAGCCCUCUCCGUCAGCACCUGGAAGCAAAACUUCGGCUUGCUUGGAGACUCCAGCUAUACAUUAGAACCGUGGUUCCUGACACCAGUGCCCGGACGACCAGCUCGUGGCACCCCUGAUGACCACUACAACAAGGCCCACACCGCCAUGCGCAAUGUUGUGGAGUGGUGCAUCGCUGUAAGCUUGUGCACAGCUGCUCAAGCAUCAUUGCUGCUUGUGCAGCUCUGCACGACAUUGCGUUGGCGGCACAUGAGCCUGUUCUCGAAGGAAACGAUGACGACACCGACGAUGCUGACUGCUGCCAGCAGCAGCUGAGCUACCACCACCACCACCACCACAACGGGAGCCAGCAGCAGCGCAACCGUGUAGUGAACCUGUUUCGAGAACUACAGGGCCUGCAUGCUUGAGCACCUGCGCAGAGUACGCCGCCGCCUGCAACGACCUCGGCAGCAUUGCGUGGUGCCUUCCGCUGCAAUGAGGGCCCGGGCGAGGGUACCAACGCCUUGCAAUUUGUGGACCGCGUCACCGAGAAGUUGAACCUGGCGCAGCUUUCCAAUGAUGCCUGGCCCUGCCGCCUGGUGUUUGCGGCUAGUAACUCCAGCGCCUCGGCCUGCCGGUUGCCCCCAUCUCGCAGCUGCGGCAUGAGCUGGAAACCAAGAAAUGUGUUGCCAUUAUCAUCUAUAAAUUUCCUGCUACCGACUCUUCGCUGGAAGCUUCUGUUCGUGAAGAGUUUCAGUGUGUGCAACAAUUUCCUCUCUGUUGAAAAUCCACUGACCCAACGGCAUCCAUGAAUGGUGCUUGGUUCACCGCACAACCGCACCCCAAGUGCAGGGUAGCCAACCGAGCCAAAGCUUGGUUAACCUCCCUGCCUUUCCUCUUCGUAUCUCUCUC